AUGUAUUCCGCCAUCUUGAUUUUCUUUAACCCUGAUGAUAACUUCGGGGUCACCAGAGAAGCUUUGAAGAACACUUUGAAAAUAGAGCUAGGAGUGCUACAACUAGCGGGCAUGAGAGAUACAUGCGUCCAGGCCAAGUGUGAGAACUCCACUGCCGGAGCACCGAUGUGUCUGCGCUGCGCAGGCGCGGGUCGCUGGAGGGGGCUCAUUAGAGAAACAGGUUGCAUUCAUUAG